AUGCCUAGUGGAUGCAAAUUUUCAGCAGAGGAAGAGAGGGUGGUGAUAGAAUUGCAAGCAGAAUUUGGCAACAAGUGGGCCAAGAUUGCUAGGCAUUUACCAGGAAGAACAGAUAAUGAUGUGAAGAAUUUCUGGAGUGCUAGACGAAAGCGGCUGGAGAGAAUUUCGCACACACCGAAAAGUAAAGGGAAAGACCAUCAUGCUCUCCAUGAAAUGCCAAUGGUGGAGGUUGUUCCAAGCAAUGGUGUCCCGUUAGAGCAAGGAUCAUCAUCUCAUCAACAUCCUUUCUUUCCAGGAAACUUGGAAGAAUUCAAAUUGGUGCCAUUACCUGAUCUAAUUAAGCCAGAUUUCCUGAACAUGGAAACAGGUCUUUCCACACUAGACAUUGAGCCGAUUAGGAUGAUACCGCAACUACAAGUGGACCUUCCCAUCUUGCCAGACUCCUUUGACUUCAACUUUGCCGCCAUGUUCAAUAAUCAGGAGGCUUCUGAAUCUGAAAGUAAACCAAUAUCAUUGACCAAGAUUCCAUCAGCUGGAAUAAAGGGCAGCGAUGCUGAACUUGGAAAGAAGGAAAAUAUAGGAAACUCUGCAACUCCUGAUAGCUUCUUUGAUGAAUUUCCGACCGACAUGUUUGAUUGCCUGGAGCCGCUUGUGAGUUCAUCCGAGUGGUAA